AUGACGGCCGAAAAACAAAUGCCGUACGACAACGUCGUCCACGCUGAGGCGACGCCUUCGGAUGAUGGCGUCAUCACCAAGCGCACAGGCUCCCUCGAUAAUGCCAACCUCAUGAAUGAGGCUUACGUUGGGGAGAACCGCGAACAUGAGCAGACCGUGUGGCAAGCCAUCAAAGCACAGCCGUUGGCGUGCCUCUUCGCCAUCGGAAUGUGCUUCACUAUUGUCAUGGAAUGCUACGACAUGGUCUUGAACGGAAACUUCGUUGCGCUCAGGCCUUUUCAGGAAAGGUACGGCGUUCCGGUCGGAUUAAAGGAUGGGGUCAUGCAGUACGCAAUCGAAACGAAGUGGCAAAGUGCACUUUUCCAGAGUGGACAGUGCGGCGCUCUUAUCGGUGUUCUGAUUGCCGGUCCCAUCACCAACCGAAUUGGGUAUCGAUGGUCUACCAUCGCUGGCUUGAUCAUGAUGAACGCAACAAUCUUCAUCUGUUUCUUCGCAGAAUCGCUGGCUGUGUUGACGGUCGGACAGCUCUUUGAAGGUAUACCAUGGGGUAUUUUUAUCGCAAACUCUCCUGCCUAUGCGAGUGAGAUCGCGCCGCUCGCUCUGAGAGGAGCAAUCACCGCUACACUACAGUUGGCUUGGUCUGUGGGCGGCGUAAUUGUGGCUGGUACGACUUAUGCCAGCAACCAGAUUACCGAUGAAAAGUCUUGGAAGAUUCCCCUCGCAAUCCAAUGGGUCUUCCCUACCCCGCUAUUGAUUCUGAUGCUCUUUGCACCUGAAUCGCCAUGGUGGCUCGCGCGAAAGGGUCGCAAGGCCGAAGCUAUGAAAGCGCUCGAACGCCUCGGCGACGGCAAUGCUCUACACACACAACAAGCUCUCGCUGUCAUCGAGCGUACCAUUGAAAUCGAGGAAUCACACGGAACCAAAGCAAGAUUCCUCGAUCUCUUCAAGGGAACAGAUCUUCGACGAACCCUCAUCUGCUGCGGAGCCUAUGCUUCCCAGAAUUUCGCGGGUAAUCUCAUUGCCAAUCAGGCGGUCUUCUUCUUCGAACAGGCGGGUAUCAGCCACGACAAGGCUUUUGAGCUCAAUCUGAUCAACUCUUGUCUUGCAAUCAUCGCCAACUUGGCAGCACUGUUCUUGACCAAUUGGUUCGGUCGACGUACCAUCUACCUCUGGGGCACCGCAACCAACAUUGUGUUCCUGAUGAUUCUAGGCGUCGCUGCAAGCAUUCCCCAGUCCCAGGCAACCAACUAUACACAAGCCAUCCUCGGAAUAUUGAUCUCAUUUGUGUAUGCUGGAGCGAUGGGACCAACCACCUACACUAUCAUUGCCGAGACAUCAUCACUCAAGCUACGAGCCCUGAGUACCGGAAUCGGUCGAGCGGCAUACUACAUCUGCGAGAUUCCAAUGAUCUAUCUCGCCAGUCAGCUUCUCAACACCACAGGUUGGAACGUCGCUGGAAAAUGCGGCUAUGUCUGGGGUAGCACUGCCCUUGUCUGCUGGGUAAUUGGAUAUUUCUUCCUGCCAGAGAUGAAGGAUCGUUCGUACAGAGAACUCGACAUUCUGUUCAACAGGAAAGUACCUGCAAGAGCUUUCAAAAAGACGGUCAUCGAUGUCAAGGACAACGAGUAA